AUGUCCUGGCUCAAGUUACACAACCCUACUAUAGACUGGCCUAAUAAGCGUAUUACUUUUAAUUCUCAAUAUUGUAACAAUACUUGUCUUUCUGUUUCUAAUUCUAUCCUGGGAAAUGUCGGUGGGACUUCUAACCACCUUGAAGGCAUACCAGAAGACUUAGGAGGUGUCGAGGUAAUUGAACCUCUUGAAGGCAUCCCUAGGGAAACUGGAGGUACUGUGGACUCUCCACUUGAAAGUAUCCCAGUAGAACUGUGCAAUUUUGCGGAGGUAUUUUCUGAGGACAUGAAGGUGACGGAACUGCCGCCGCACCGUCCUUUUGAUUUAGGGAUUGAUUUAAUCGAUCCUGAUAAACCUGUUAAGGCUAUGGUAUACCCCUUGAAGGCAUCUGAUGAUGAGGAACUUAGAAAACUCCUUAAAGAACAAUUGGACAAAGGAUUGAUUCGCCCAUCCAAGUCCAAAUAUGGUUCCCCAGUUCACUUUGUCAACAAGAAAAAUGGGAAAAGGCGUAUGGUUGUGGAUUAUAGAUCCCUAAAUGCAAAUACAGUCAAGAAUGCGUACCCCCUACCUCUAAUACAGUCUCUCAUUGAGAAACUAAGGGGCGCAAAAUACUUUUCCACCAUUGACCUGAAAUCUGGAUAUAACUUGGUCCGGAUAAAGGAAGGUGAUGAAUGGAAGACUGCGUUUAAAACCAUAUAUGGCCUGUUUGAAUACCUAGUCAUGCCCUUUGGGUUAUGCAACGCUCCUGCUGCAUUUCAGCACUUCAUGAAUGAGAUAUUUAGGGACAUAUUGGACGUCUAUGUAGUAGUAUAUCUAGACGACAUCCUAAUAUUCUCAGAAAGCAGGGAACUACACACAAAACAUCUCCAAGAGGUACUGAAAAGGCUGCAAGACAAUGCAUGCUACUGUAACCUGGUGUCGUACUCCACUGUAAGGUGGGGUACUCGCUAG